AUGGCCAGAAAACACAUGUACGCUCUUCAGUACGAUUCUUACAGCGGUGGCGCGGCUGCUCCAAGUCAGAUGGUGAAACCAGAUGGUUUAGUGCCACUGAAGAUCAGAGAAAGUACACGAUUUUAUCCAUAUUUUAAGAAUUGCGUUGGAGCGAUAGAUGGUACACAUAUACCAGCAACAGUAGUUGGGCGUGAGGUGGCAAGCUAUCGCAAUCGAAAAGGAACAAUAUCUCAGAACGUUUUGGCUGUAUGUAACUUUGAUCUGGAGUUUAUUUACAUUCUGAGUAGAUGGGAGGGUUCAGCCCACGAUUCAAGAGUGUUAAGUGAUGCGUUAAGAAAAUUUUAUCUAUUUGAUUGUGGAUUUGCGAAUCGUUUCAGUUUUUUAGCUCCAUUCCGUGGUGUUAAGUAUCAUCUAAAGGAAUUUGCUGGUCAAGAUCGUGAUCCUGAAACUCCAUAUGAGUUAUUUAAUCUUCGCCAUGCUUCUCUGAGAAACGUGAUCGAAAGGAUAUUUGGAAUCUUUAAAUCUUUUGCUAUUUUUAAAUCUGCAUCUAUUUUUCCUUACAAGAAACAAGCUGGAUUAGUCUUAGCAUGUGCAAGGCUGCAUAACUUUCUUCGUAGAAAAUGUCGAUCGGACGAAGAUGUGUUCCCUAAUGAAAAUAAUGCAGUUAACAAUGGAAAUACUUCUGUCAAUAUAGAUGAAAGUGAUAGAGAAGAACCUCUCGAGACGCAAGAGCAAGACAGAGAAAAUGCAAAUAAUUGGAGACAAUCUAUGGCCGAAGACAUGUGGAAAGAUGCUACGAUUUAAAAGUUCAUUGAUAGAUAGAUUUUAG